AUGGCCGACCAGGUGGAUCGUACGCGGGCCGCGUACCAGACCAACGACCCUGAUGGCGACCAAGAGACUUCGGCAUACGCAAUCGACUUCCAGAAUUGGCAGCCAGACAUGCAGCCCAGGACAUACACAGGCUGGGCGCAUCCAGUCGACCCGAGGGAUGUUGGCCUCUUGUCAUGGUUCGAGAGUGGUCGCACUUCGGAAGCAGUCUGCCAUGAGCUGAUGCGUGUACCAACAAACACCAACAUUCAAUCAGGAGACCACGGCAGCCACACAGCCGGGCGUGCAGGGCCAACUGGGCGUCCUGGAAUGUCAGGAUUAGCACACAACCAAGCCACCGAGCAGUCUGCGGUAGUGAUAGCGCCACCGACAAUAUCGCCAGGCAUUGGGUUUGGCACCCAUCAAGGGCCCGUUCCGGCAGACCCUGGGCAUCUGACUAAAGCACCGUCUGACCGCCGGGUGCAUCAGCGCAACAGUCCGACGUAUCGCGAAGAGCUCUCUUACAUCCGUCAACCUUUCGGCCAGGGACCAUGGUCAGAGAGUGCUGGCACUAUGCAGAGGAACGAUCGUGCUGACACCACUCGUCCUUCGACUGUACAUGUGCCACGCGAACCGACGGCUGAACUGUAUGGUCAGGGUUCGAUGCCUUCGUAUUUUGGACCCGGUUCACUCUCGCAAGUCAACAGUAUGCAAGGCAACUGCAACCAGUACGAUCUGGCCCCAGGACUGAUUGACUUGCCAUCAUAUGGUUAUGCUGCCGGUCACUCCAGUAUGCCCAUGCCCGCCCAGCGAGGCGUAGGAUAUCCUCCAGUCUUCCGAGUCCCGACUGUUGACUUCCAGACGUAUUCGAACCAGGCUUCCGUGUUUCCAGAAGGGUACCAAGUCAUCGACCCGCAUGUCCAACAGGAUCCAGUCUUCCCAGGAGGGACUCAAGGCGUACAUCCAAACCAUUAUCACAGCCAGGCUUUCAUGGGAGGGUCCCAAGUCUACCCAACGAAUUUCUUCCACACUCCAGCCGCCCCACCACCUGCCACCGUCGCUAAGUGGCAACCGUUCAACCCGAUACCACGAGCAGCAGAGCGCAUGCACCUGCGUUCAGUCACUAAUGCAACGCCAACCAAGAGCGGCGCAACUUACGCUGACUUGACGCGCGUAAGGCCCUCAGUAGGGUGUCAGCCGCCGCCAACCAACAUCAACGUCGGGAUGAUCGAAAUCUGCACGUUCUACCCGAACGCGUUCCAGAUACCAACAGUAGGUAUGCGUGCAGUACACGCGGGCUGGACUGCGCUGGAUCUCGCAAAGGCACAGCUAAAGCCUGUCGGACUGCAUGAUUCCAAGGGCGAACUUGACAGAGCCAGAGGGCGCAUUCAGAAGCAACUGAAGGAGGGCGCCGAAGUUUGUCACGGCUUGCCAGAGAAGAGGGCUUUCAACGGACAUCUGGUGCGUGCGGAGCAUAGUGCUGGGUUUGGGAGCGACAUGACAGCCGGAAGUUAG